AUGAGUGAUCAAUCAGAUAUCGUAGAAUUACCCGCUAUACCAGCUGAUGCACCUGAAUGGGUACGUGCUUUACCAUCGAACGGUCGUUUUGUUGAUCGUAGUAAACUUUAUGAUAUAACUGGUCAUCUUUUAUUCGAUUCAUUACUUAAUUCAAAUGGUAUUCGACAUUUUUUCUAUUUUAUGAAUAAUGAACAACAAGCUCAACGUGCACAACGAGCAUUUAAUGGUGUUUUAACUAGUCCACUAUCACCUACUCAUGAUGAUACAAUAAAUAAUGAUGAUUUAGAAGUUCGAGUUGCUUUUCAUCUUGGUGAAGGUAUUUGUGGACAUAAAGGCAUUGUACAUGGAGGACUUACAGCUACAAUGCUUGAUGAAGUUAGUGGUGCUGCAGCAUUUUCCUGUGUUGGUCCUUGUUUUACAGCAAAUCUUAAUGUUGAUUAUGUCAAACCAUUGAUAAUACCAGCAUGGGUUUUAGUUCGUGCUCAUGUUGAACGUCAUGAAGGUCGUAAAGUAAUUAUACAUGGUACUGUUGAGAAUGGUGAAGGUGUUGUUUAUGCUAAAGCAACAGCUUUAUUUAUUAAACCAAAAUUAACUGUUAAAGAGCAUGCAGGACAAACUGAAGAAAAACAAUAA